AUGUCCGACACCGUCCUGCAAUACCAACUCUCCGGUCCCAACGGCCAUUUCGCCCAAGUCGCCGUGCCCCGACCCGUCCCAGGGCCUAACGAGGUCUGCGUCCGUACCGAAGCCGUCGUGCUGAACCCGCUAGACGCGAAGAAACUCGCUUCCGGAGUCACUGUGAACUCAUGGCCUGCCGUGCUAGGCAACAAUGCAGCCGGUGUGGUUGAGUCUGUCGGAGACGCGGUGCGGGACUUUCGACCGGGGGAUGAAGAGGCAAGUGCCGAGUGCAAAGCAGGUCGCAAAGGUCGUCAUAUUUCCGACAUGUGGGGUGCAGUUUGGCUGCGCGCCAACAUGCAGAGCGACUGCUGGUUGAGAACAUUGGUCACUGAGGUACCUGAGCAGACUUUGUUUGAAGUAAUAUGA